CAAAAGUAAAGUAAACUGUCUUUGAGAAGAAAGUAGAAUUGUCCUAAAAAUGUUUCUCGUUGCCCUAUUCGCAUGUAUUGCCAUUGCUCAUGGCUCAGUACUUAAUCAUGUUCGUCCUUAUCAGGCUGGUUACUACAUCAGACAUCCUCACCGCCACGAGCAUGCUGAAAUAGCUCGAGACCACUCCGGAGCUGUUGCUGGACGUUACGGUUAUUUGGACGCCAGGGGGAUCGGCAAACAGGUGCAUUACGUAGCCGACCACGCAGGAUUGAGAGCUCGAGUCCACACCAAUGAACCAGCAGUUGUCCACAACGCACCUGUCGCUGCUCGCGUCGUCUCCGGUGGUCUUCUUGCUCCUGCCGUUGUUUCAGUUCCUGCGUAUACUAAUCUUGCUCCAGGACACGAUUUCAGAGUGGAUGGAUAUGGCCUUGGAUACAGUUAUAGAAAUCCUUUGGGAUACUCUAAUGUCAUUGCACACUAAGGAAAUGUUUAAGUUUCCAGGAACUAUCGUCCAAUUUGGAAAAUAUUCUUUUAUUCUCUGAUUUUUUUUCUUCAAUAGAGAAUCUUUUCUUUUCAAAUGUUGUUAUCUUUGUCAAAAUAAAUAUGCCUUGCAUGAUACGAACUUUGC